AUGAGAGUGGUUUCGCGAGGUAAGGGGGCGUUCUUGUCAGGGUGCGUGACUCUCUCGGACGAAUCGUACCUCGGAGGGUGCUGGACGCAGGACGAUGAUUUCGGCGAAAGAAUCGAAGAGACCGACGGCUGUCAGACGUGCACCAUCCAGGAGGAUGCGUUUUCGGAGGCCGUCUUUCCGAUCAUGUUCCCCGCGGAGCUCGACCCUUGCCCCGACGACCUCGACUACACGGCUCUCUACGAGGGGACUUACGGCGGCCUGUCGCUGGUGACGGCAGCGUCACUGUCCUCGACCGGUUGCCCAGAAGGCUGGCUUUACUUCGAGGACACGGGAAACUGCUACUUCAAGAGCCCCAACACCGCCAAGGCCGAGAACCAGGCGGACGCGGUGUCGAUCUGCGAAGAGGAGGGCGCUUGGGUCAUCGCGAUCGACUCAGAGGCGGAGAACGACUUCUUGCUUCACAACAUGCUGUUUACCGGCUUCUUCGGGGAGACGUACACCGGCAUGACCAAAGAAUCCCCGUCGGAUGAGUGGGAGUGGCCCGCCGAAUCGUCGGAUACGGCCUACAAUUGCGUGGGGGACUAUUCUGACUGGCUGGAAGGGGCUGAAAUCGGCUGCGCGGCCGUCUUCGACGGGGGAGAGGACGGUUCUUGCAUGGAAAUCUUCCCGUACGAGCCGAAAGGAUGGAAUCCUUUCUCGUGCGACGUCGGAAAGCACUACGUCUGCGAGAUGCCUGCCACGGCGGGGGGGGAGGAAACGGGGACAGCAAGCCCCGGCGGUUGCUACAACAACCCCCGACCUCCGCCCCCCACCGCCAAACGCGACCUCUUCGGCGGCGACGCCGGCGCCUACUCCUGCGGCAUCGACAGUGCGACCGUCGGCUGCUCCUGUGACUGCUGUGACAAGCGCGCCAGUGCUGAACACGACUUCUUCCCCGAGCGUGGGGCCUACCGCGUGGAAUACGACCGCUCCGACGCCUUCACCCGCAGCGGCGACGAUAACGUGGACAGUCAGCCUGCCCCGACGCCGUCGCCGCAGGGAGUGGAGGAGACUCCGGGGCCGACCGUUGUCCCGUCUUGGGCGGGGGCGAACUCGUUCUACCUCGCGCUCAGGGGCGUGUGGACGGACGCUUCGUACUCUUUGUACCUUGAGGAAGGAGAUGUGGAGACAGCUGUGGUGACAGGCGCAACAAAGGAGGCGCUUGGCACGGUCACCCACACCUUCGCCGCAAAGGAUGGCUGCUAUAGGUUAGAGGUGUAUUCCUCGGGAAACCCGACGCUGCCGGAGUGGCACGUGGUCGGAGGGGACGCUUACGGCGGCACGGGGGACACUUCCGGUGCUGGGCUAGACGGCGUUACCUUUACCGCGGGAGGGGGCGUGUGCGGCGUGUCGGAGUGCCAGGCCCUCUGCCUGUCGGACCUUUUCGGCGGCUCCGACGGGGGGCAGGAGGCGAGCAGCACAUGCGAUGGUUACGCCGCCCUCAUCUCGGGGGCUUGCGGCGACGUGUGUCCGGAGGACGAGGAGGAAGGGCUGGGGGAGUUCCAACAGGGCUGCGUCAGAGCCGGGUGUGCUCCGGAGGCGUUGUGCGACCUAGACAUCGAGGGCGGCGGAGACGGUCUUGACGUGGAGUACCACGUCGAGGUGAGGGCCUUGCUGGAAGCGCCGGUCACGACGCUCACGAGCAGCGCUGCCGGGGUCGGGAACCCGGAAGAGGAGUUCGAGCUGGCGGUUGCCCUUUGGCUCGGGGUAGACCAGGGCGACGUUGCGGUGAGGGUCAAGGAUGGGUUUGAGAUGGAGGAGGGGGAGGAGGUGGUGGUGGAGGAGGAGGAGGAGGUGGCCUCACGCCGAAGAGGUCUGCAGACCGUCAACUCGGAGACACCAACCACCUACACCCGCUACUCGGCGCGGGUUCAGCCGGCGAACCUCACCGCCACCGAAGCGACGGAGCUGGUUGAGAUUGCGGCGGCUGGGGCGGACGGGUCGGACAACGAUCUCCAGAGCUGGCUCUGGGAGAGCGGCGGCAGCUGGACCGAGGUGUCGGUGCCGACCCUUGAGGUGGAGGUGGUGGAGGAGCUCAACGUCCUGACGUCAGAUUCCUCUGGAGACGCCAGCGACGCGUCGGAAGGCGCCGAAGAGGGCGGGGACUUGGACGACCCUCUCAUCAUCGGUGGUAUUGCCGCGGGGGCGGUGGUGGUGGUGGGGCUGGUGAUGCUGGCGCUCUGCUGCUCGAGAAAAGCUAACAAGAAGUCGGAUACCCGAGCUCGGGCAAGGACUCGAAACAACAACAGCAGCAGCGGCAGCAGCAGCGCCGCGGCAACACCGCGGGUGCGGAGGAACUGGUUCUGCGGUACGCAGACGACAACGACAAGGAUAUUCUUGAGUACAGCGGUGGAUCCGUCGGUCGCGGCGUGGGGAUGGGGGCGGGGGCGGGGGCUGCGGUGGCGGGCGCUGCUGCAGCGGGUGGCGCUUCCGAGACGAGCGCGCUCCAGCGCUGCGGCGGCGGCGGCAGCACGGUCCGGUUCUGGUGGGUCAGGCCCGGUGGGAAGCCAGCGCAGCAACUCGGCGUCGCCGCCGGUCGCUACCGUCGACACCGCGAGCCUCAGCGCCCAGGACUCGAGUGCCGGGGGCUCCGUGACUACGGGGGCAGCGGCAGGGGGGGGCGCCCUCGGUGGGCCUUCUGGUGGUCCGGGGCAGCACCACGGCAGGCGCUCGUCCUCGACGUUCUCGUUCGCCGCCAACAACAGCAGUUUGGCGGUGAGAGACGCGGAGAAUCUCGAGACCAAGCGCCCCAGCGUCCGCGGUCCGUCCGGGGCCCUGGCCUCCCUGGGCUUCGCCCGCGGCUGCUCGUUGGACGUUUUCGAGGAGGAGAACACCGCCGGCGGUAACCCUUCCGAGCGCGUCGAGGACGGCGGGUCCAUGUACGACGGCGGGUCGGAGGCCGGGUCUAGGUACACUCCGUCACGGCCGGCGGCGUCUGGGUCCGCGGUCGGGUCGGCAAGACAGGCGGAGGUGUUCGGUUCACAGUACUCGACAGCGGGGGCGAGGAUUCAGGAGCUCAGAGACCGCCAGAGGGUCAAGGCAACCCCUGUCACGUUCCAGGCUCCCAUGUCGAUGCCUUCUCCUGGAGGUCCGGUAACCCCAGGAAACUACGGAUAG